CGCUUCUGGGACGCGCUCGCCCGAGCGUGCGCGGCCGUCUCGCAGGACGCCACGAAGCUGAGCCUGGCCUUCUCGGGCCCGUCCCUGCCGCCUCUCGAGGAGCAGGAGCGGCUGGCGCAGGCCGCCCAGGGCCCGGUGCGAGCGGCUGUCCGCGCGUGCUGCCGGCUCCCGCGAGGCCAAGGAGCCACCCUGCGCAAAGCAGUGCGCGGUGCCACGGUCGAAGUGGUGGAGGGCAUGAUUCAGCUCUCGGAGAGCAUCCUCCGGGCCCCGCAGCAGAGCCUUUCGCAGGAGCAGCUCAUCUCAACGGGAGGCGUUUGGGAGGCCUGCGACCGCAUUUCCUGCCUGCCCCGAGAUAACCAGGCAGCCGUUGCGCUGGCCAUCUCUUCCUACCUGGGAAUCGUCAGAGAUGCGCUGGAGGAGAUGGAGCAGGCACAGGCAGGAGCAGGAGGCCCCUACGGCGAAGGGCUGGAGGACGAAGACUUGGGCUCCCCUGGGGGCAGCGACUCCAGCUGGUCCGAGGCUGACCGGAAGCUGCUUGGCCCCUGUCUCGGCCUGGUGAAGGCUGCGAAAGCUUGCCUGAAGAAGCUGCUGGGGGCGGUGAGAGCCCAUGGCCGGGUGGACGCGGCGGAGCAGGUGGCUGAGCUGGACAACCUCGCCGAAAUUGCUGGGGACAUCAGUCCGAGUGUGGACGAACUGGUGCUGAGCACGUACCCCCCUGUGAACCAGCUGACCCUGCGACUGAGCGCCGGCAAACUGGCUUCCGUGCUGAAGAGGAUGCUCGAAGUCGCCGGGGCCAGCCACAUCUGCCCUCCGCCGGAAGAGAGCUGGGUGCGGUUCCUGGCCGGGGCGGUGGACCACAACAUGGGCAGGGUCAAGGCGCUCACCCAAGGGCUGCUCUGAGGGGCGUGGCCUGGCCAGGCGGGGGGCUCUGUGGGCCAGCCUGUGCAGGGGAGGCCGUGUGGGGGAGUCGCGCUUGCCACCGGGCCGGGAGCCCUGCGGCACUCCGCCCCCAGGCACGGGAAUAAAGAGACCAGGCUGGCUCGGUUCUGUGCAA